UUCAAAUCUCACCUUUGCUUUGCUUUUCAACUGUUGAAAUUCAACGGCCCUUUAUUCGCUCCGCAACUGCAACACAGGUAGCCGCAAGGCACCUAAACAGGGCCGCUUCGAAGCGACUGGCGCGCCAUUUUUUCGACCUGGUGGACGGCGGUUUCGAACGCGAUGCAGGGACCCCACUUUCCAACGCCGACAGUCGAUUGUUUCGUGAGUCGUGACGAUGUAGUGGAAGGUAACAGGUGUUCGAGACCGUAGUUUUGCCGAAUUUGUUGAUAAGUUUUUCCAACACUAACUUUUUUGAUUGGUGCAGUUUUUAGUGUAACCUGUGGAGUUAUUUAUGAUGUAAAUUUACUGUUUCCUAUGGUGCUGGUGUUUGUUGUUUGGAUAUACUACUCUUCUUAAUUUAGGUGUAACAAUAAUAGUGGAUCUGUUACGAUGUUACACAUUACAGAAGAUACACCAGUGGACAUGCUGACAGGGGCCAUGGACUUAACGGUGCAUCUACCAAACGGUAGAUCCGUCAAAAUGUCCGUGAAAAGAAGUACACCCAUGAUGGACCUCCUGAUGCAAAUCUCGACAAAAUACAACCUGCAACUAUCCGACCACACUUUGCAAGCCCUCAGCAUGGCCCCAUCUCCUGACAACAUAGACCGAUUGCUGCCCUUUAAGCCCAACACGCCUAUCGGGCUUAUCGACACUCAAAACAUUAAAGUGCUACCGAAGCCCAAAAUGGUAAAAAACAAAAUGGCGCCGCAACCUUUCGAAAGCACGUUCAGACUGAAGGUACAUUUGCCCAGAAAUCAGUUGUAUGUAACUAGGGUUAGUAAGUUUGUUCUUCUCGAAGAUAUUUUGAAGAAGGCUUGCUUGGAGAAGGCUUUGGAUCCUAAGAAGUAUGCCCUACAUCAUCCAGGUAAUCUAGACGAAGUUUUGGAUCCAAAAUUAACAUUAAACGAUUACCAAAUCACGGAGGUUUAUUUAGUGGCAAAAGGAACUGUCAAUUUAAACCAAGUAUUUUCUGCAAGCGACCUUAUGGUUCUUAGAAAAGAGGAGGAGAGAAAAAGAAUGCAAGCCAAAACUGGGGGUGGAGUGCUAAGUCUAAUUUUUGGAAAAAAACAAUCGGGUAUGGGUUCUGGUUCCUUAUCCAGCGAAAACCGAUCGAUAUCCCCCUCCCACAGCGACGACUCCCGAUCGGUUACCCCUCCAGCAAUCCCCAACCAAAUAAUCGCCCCGCAAAUCAAGGAGCCCGAGAAACCCAAACCGCCCCAACGAAAACGGCGCCCGGCUCCGAAACCUCCAACCGUCGCGAACGUAACGUCGGAAAGUCGAAAAAACAGCGAUGCCAAUCCUCCGAGCAGCGUCUCGGACAGCGUGGAAAUCAGGGAGGGUAAAUCUGACAACAGCCUCACGAUUUGUCACUCCAGAAACAGCAGUGACAGCUCUGGAUACCACGAGGCCUCGAUUUUGAGCGACAACUGCAACACCUCGUUGCCAAGGCGUCCUCAGUCGGCUUACGUUAGCAACAGGGUUGCCGACAGUUUGUCCAAAAUGCGGCAUUCUAUGAGUCACAGUCGAAAAAAGAAAGCAGCCCCUCCACCUCCACCAUCUUUGAAAUCAUCCGCUUCUGUAACGAACCUUGUAGCCCCUAGUCCUGUAGUAGCUAGUCAAAAUACAGGUAAGUUCACCCAUUUUUUCCAACGAUCUCUGUCUUGUACCUUUGCGCAACAUAACACGAAAAAACCUCCAAAACCAGGAACAAAUGCAAACAACAAAAGUAUUUACAGUAGUUUCAUACGCGGUCUAGAUUUUUUUAAAUCGCAAUCAAGAAAAAAUAGUUUGGUUUUGGGAAAAAAAACUUUAACUUUGGGGCAGAUUUAUAAAGAAAAUACGAUCCUUAAGGAUAGUGUCGAUACUGAUGAUAGUGGUUCGGUAUGUAGCAUUAAGUUUGUACCUAAAACUGAUCGCGAAAUUAUUAAUCAUCCCGAAAUAACACAAAAAUGUCUUGAUGUAGCUCCUGUUGAAGCUGAUAAAAAACCUAAGUUAUUUUUAAAAAAUGGACACAAACCUGUUGUUGAACUGGGUAAACAAUUUAAACCAGAAGCAUUCUCUAAAAACAUAGCUAUUAAUAAUAACUCAAAUUUAGAAAAAAUACCAAUUAGCAAUAUAACAAUUCAUUCUUCAACAAAGUUUUCUGAAAACGAAGACUGUUGUAAACAAUUAAAGAAUACAAACAAUAUUGACGAUGAAGAUGAAGAUGUCCUUGAUACAACAAAUGAUGACGUAGUGUAUUCAGAUUCCGACGAACUUGGUAUAGAAGGUCCUGACUUUAGACCCCCCGUAGUGGAAGCUUACGGUUUAAAAAGAAAUAACAGCAAACGGAAAUUCGGCAGUUCCCGAAAGUUACCAUGUAGAAAAGAAUCACCAACAAAUACACUACAUAAAAUUUACAAUAAAAGCGUAUUUCUUAAGAAUGCUUCUGAUGAAAAUUGGAAUCAGUUCAUAUCAAAAUUGGAUAACAUUAUGGAAACGUCCCAAGAAGCACAGGUUUUAGUUAAUCCCAAACCUUUGCCAAGAAAAAAAUUCAUUCAGUCUGCAAAAGAUGAAGAACUAAACAAAAUCGAAGAAGAACCCAGCAAAACCAAAAAUAAUGAUGAAAUUACCGAAGAUGAAAUUAGAAAGAUAGAGAAAGAAGAGCAAGUAGUAUUAAGAAGAAAGCCUAAAGAAGAUUAUAGGGUUGUCAACUAUAAAAGUGUAGUUGAUGCUUUAAAAGAUUUUAAUGAGAAUAAUAAAAGAAUAUUCACGAUUGAUGACAAUGAUAAAAAAGAACUACAAAUAGAAGAUGAUAAUGAAAGUUUACAAAGUAAUAGCCUAGUUGAAAUAAAAGGAUAUAAAAACGAUAAUGAUUACAACCAACUAAUUAUUCAAAAUGAACAACCCGAUGAAGAAAAUAGACACUUUAAACUGGGCAAAAUGGAUGACAAAGCAAAACUCAAAGUCUCAAAAUCGCUUCCAAAUAUUGUAAGCGUCAAUGAAGACGUCAAGCCACCUGAAAUUGUGGGUAUGAUACCAAAACAAAGACCGAAAUGGAACACAAAGUUCGACACCUUCGGCAGAAAAACUUGCUACAAAAUAGGCAUGUCCUUGGUAGAUGAAGAUUCAUCAAGUAUGGAGUCAGGAAGAGCUUCUGUUUCUUCAGCCAUGGCUAAAUUUAAUUAUGAUGAUGAGAUUGACGAUUACAACGACAAUUUAUUCGAAAGGUCAGCUGCAAGAGAAUCCGAAGGAUCUAAAAUGUUUAGUCAACUCUACGGAAUGCACAGUCAUGAGGUAGUCGAAGAAAACGAUAUGAAGAAAUGGAAUAAUUGCGAGGAUUUGGAUAAUAUAUCGCAAAAUUCGAUUUUUGAUGCACGCAAUAUUUUGGUGAACGGUGACUCACUAACAUCCAACAAUUUCCAAACACCGCUAGAUAGCUUAGCAUCCCAUCUUACGCACUCGGAAGACAUUUGCACAAAAACAGAAGAACCGGAACCGGAUACAUCCAGAACUCCGCCGGAACUUCCAGCGAACCCGCCUCCGAAAAUACUUCUUCAAAAGAAAGAAGUUAAAAAAGAGGUGGUGGAAGAAGCAAAGUCUGAACCUGAGGAGAUUAAAGUUGAGGUGCUCAAACCUGAAGUAGAAGUUGUUUCUGAGGAUACUGUAGAUAAAGUUAACGAGACUGAAGAACCAAAAGAAGUUGACUGGCAAUAUCAACUACCCCCUCCACCGGAAGGAUUUAGAGAUGCUUCUAGUAUAGCAGACGCGACGAUUAACGACGCAACGAUACCCGAUUCAGUUGUAACAUCACCCGAAUUAUUCGAAAAACUUAAAGCGGUUGAAGAUACCCAAUCAGAACCCGCUACUGUCGCCAGUAGUACGAUAAGUGAAGAUGAAAACCCACUUCUGAACAACCUAUCGCUGGAAAAUUUGGAAAAGAGAAAAUCUUUGGUGUACAAUAGAGAGUUGGCGACCAGUCUUAAAAUGACUGAUGGACCGGAGACUUUCACAACUUCUUUAAAUAAAUUUGAGUCUACCUAUGAGGAAAUAAAACGGUCUAGUCUCACUACAACUGAACCAAAGCAAUUGGUCACUGUUAAAAGAUCUACCAGCACUUUACCCAACUUCAAAAUAACCCCCUACAACAACCCCAAGAAAAACAUUACAGUCUUCGAGGACGACACCAUAAGAAGCAAUACUUACAUAAAAAACAACGUGACAGCUAAAAAAGAAACAAACCUUAGCAAAUCUUACGUGGGAAGAUCGAUGGAAAACAUCUCUUUCAGGAAAAACAGCUGGGAAAACCAAUCGGAUGACGACAAAUCAAGAGAUACCAACUAUAACGUUUACAGACCCAACCAAAACAUGAAAUUCAAAAAUGCCCUUGCAAACUCUCUAAUGUAUAGAUCGGAAUCGUUUUCCUCUGAUAACCACGGACCAAUCAAGCCGGUGUCCAGAUCCAAAAGCACAUUGACUCUAAAUAAAUAUAAAGAGGACAAAAAGGAGUGUACAAGUUUGGAAAAUAGGAGCAACAGUCUUCUGGACGUCUCGGGUCUUCAAAGUUUGGAGGUAAUGAAAUCCAUCCAAAAUCGUCUAAAUACCUCGGUGGAAAACAUCAAUAAACAAGAAACAUCACAACUGAAAUCAGUAAAACCUGAGGAAAUUCAACCGGAACAACCGAAAGUCUACCACUACAGAAGCCCUCCUUCAAUAAAUUUAGGGACUUGGAGUGAACGCCCUAAAGCCCCAAUUAGCGUCAAAGAAGACGUUGAUUAUAACGUAUCAUCAAAACUAAUAGUUAACACAACGAAUAACAACAUUACCAGCAACAAUAGUAUAGAGGUGAAUAAUAAACCCAACUCAACAUACAGCAACAAUGGAAGCGUUAAUGUUAGGGUGGGAGGAUACCAACCAAGCGAACCAAAACAUGUUACGAUAAAAGUUAACGGCACCGAACCCAUAUCAACUGAGAAAUCCGGUAACGUCGUAAUCAAGAUUGGAAGUUGUAAGCCUUUGGAAAAUCAAAAAUUUGUCAGUUAUAGAAAACCGUUGGGCAAUAUAAAUAAAAUCCAAACUCAACGACCACAUUCCAUUGCGUUUGAUGAUUUAUCCCACGUUCCUGUGGUGAGGUCUGUAGAGCUGAAGAAGCCUUACAAAGACAUGACUUCCAUAACUCAAAUCAACCAAGUAAAUGAACCCAAACCUGUAUCCAGAGUUAACAGCUUUACUCCAGUUGUAAGAGGAUUCAAGAGGCCAGAAAAUAUGAACACACCCAGAAACAGGCUGUCUUGGAACCCACCAAACCCAAAUAUCUUCGACUUGAACAAACCUAAAGAUUACGAAUCCUACUCAACCAACAAAGACGUACCCUUCUCACAAUCCAACCUAAGGCGAACAGACUCAAAGAAAAUAUUAAAUUCAGACGCCAAAACAAACCUAAACAACCAGAAAAACAGCAGUUACAAUUCUCUAAUUCAAAAGAAACCUGAAGUGAUGCAAACUCCCCCACCACCACCACCUAGUUUGCCUAAAUUUGAGGUAAAAAAACCGAGGCCUAGACAAAUUGAACCAAAAGAGGACCCCAGGGAUCUCCUAUUGGAUUCCAUCAGAAAUUUCGGGGGCAAAAAAGGUCUGAAAUCUAUCAAAGGUUAACUCCUUUACUUACUACGCUUUUUCUUUGUAAAUAGAGUGUUAUAGUCAUCAUAUAAUAUAUUUAAAGCUCAAUCAUAGUGAAUUUUCUGGUAUUAUUUAUAUUAUUAUUAUUAAAAAUAUUAAUUAUUUACUAUUCUUGUACAUUGUCCUUAACGUAAUACUAUGCAUUAUUAUCGAAUUGUAUAUUAUUGAUAAAAAUAUAUAGGGACCAAAGGUUUUGUGGAUUAUUAUUUAUUUUCGUAUAUAUACUCACUAGUACUAUGUAUAAAAUAAUAAAUUAUAUUGUUUAAACA